GACCACAGGGCCUUUCACUUUCACUGCCCAGCACUGGCUCCGUUUCUGGGAAGAGAAGCUUCCAGAGCUGCAGUUUCGCUUUCCUGUUCCUGGACUUUCUGUGUCCUGCACUUUGGGCCCCUCCCUUCCCUGCUGUUGCCCACAUUCCUGCCUGAGGAGAGCAGAAGCCAGAGAUGAUUUAAGUCCUCAGAGCUCCUGAGAGGCUGUUCAGCUAUUUUUGGUGAAGGUCAGCACAGUUUCCCUCUGUGCUGGCCCCCGAGCCUGGCCCUGCACUGCCCGGGACGGCAGGUGUGGGCAGAAGGUGUUUCCUGUACCCUUCAGCAAUUCAGCUCUUCUAGCGGAACCUCAGGAGCUCAACUCUGACACCAGGAACCUGUUUUCUCUAAGGAGCUGAGUCCCCGACUGCUCACAGCCAUGGGUCAGUGGUUCUCCACAGACGCCAACACAGAGAGUGCUAACUUGGCCUCCAGCGUCAACCAGUAUUUAAAAAAUUUCAAGUUGGAAAGUAGAAUCCUCUCUGAGGAAACCAGGGUGCUGAUUCAGUAUUUUCUGGAGAAAGGGGAUGUUCCAAAAGCAAUUUCUAUAGUUAAUUCUGUAUUCAAAGUCAUCGAGAACGCUCCCCUGAGCAUUGCCGUGACCGGGGAGAGUGGAGCCGGAAAAUCCACUCUGAUCAAUGCCCUGCGGGGCAUGGGGCAUGAAGAGGAAGGUUCGGCUGCCACUGGGGCAGUGGAGACCACCAUGGAGAGAACUGAGUACAAGCACCCGAAGUUUCCCAAUGUGUCGAUAUGGGACCUGCCCGGCAUUGGGACCACCAAUUUCCCUCCCGAAAAAUAUCUGAGGGAAGUAAAGUUUGCUGAGUAUGACUUUUUCCUGCUCGUCUCUGCCGCCCGCUUCAAAUACAGUGACGCAGAAUUGGCCAAAGCCAUUGCCAAAAUGAAGAAGAACUUUUAUUUUGUGCGAACAAAAAUUGAUAUGGAUUUAGCCAGUGAGGAAAAAGCUAAACCUACAACCUUCAGAAAGGAUGUCAUCCUGGGAAAGAUGUCAGAUGACUGUGUGAAAAACCUGCAGGGAGCCCAAGUGACAGCCAGUGAAAUAUUCUUAGUCUCCAGCCUGGAUAGGUCUGACUAUGACUUCCCUAAGUUGGAGACCACGCUGCUGAGGGACCUGCCCGCUCACAAGCGUCACAUCUUCAUGCAGUGCCUGCCCAGUGUCACCGAGGCUGCCAUUGAUCGGAAGAGAGAUGCCCUGAAGCAGAUGAUGUUCCUGGAUGCCCUGAAGCGUGGAGCAACAGCCACCAUCCCCUUCACGGGUCACGUCACUGACAAGGACAUAGAGAAGCUGGAGGAGAUCUUAACCCAGUACAGGUCUGACUUUGGGCUGGAUGAUGCCUCGCUAGAAAACGUGGCCAAGGAUUUGCACGUGUCCGUGCAGGACCUCAAGGCAAACCUUCAGUCUCCCCGCUUGCUGUCAGCCGACAGCCACGAAUCCUUAGUGGAAAACUUGAAGGAGGGUAUGGAGGCCAUUUCUUCAGUCACUGGAGAAUUUAUUGCCGCUGGCCUUUACUUUACAAUGGUCUUUUAUUUGCAGUAUUAUUUCCUUGACACUGUGGCAAGUGAUGCGAAAGCUCUCCUUAACAAAGAAGAUCUUUUUCAUGCCUCUGGCAGCUAUGAUUAAGGCUAGAAAAUAGGGAAACUGAGGCAGCUGGCCUCUGCCUUAACCCCACUGCUCCCAUGGCCCUGGGCGCAGGGAAGGUGGCUUAGGGUUUCCUGAGGCAGCUGGGCCAGGCUGUGAUGCAAGCAGAUGUGACCACUAUUGGGUCUACAAAGCAAUAAAGUACAGUAAUCUGAAAUCUCAUACCAAGAGGACAGAACAUCUCACUGCCUGCUGCUUCCUUCCCAUCCUGGACUCCUCUUAGUGAAGACACAACAGUCAAAAAUUGCUGGCACAUUAGCAAGACUUGCAAAAAUAUCUCUGAAUGUAUGCUUACACAGCAUGUUUUUAGAGUUCCUGGCAUUCUGCUACAAAUGUACAUGUCCUGGUCAUCAACAGGACAAUUAAUUUUGACUGAUGUGCUUCUUAUUUGCUUUAGGUUAUCAUUUUCUUAGGUAAACAUGAAAGAUAAUGAAGUAAAAAUUGUGCAACAGAUCAGGAAAGAAAAAUGCCACUUGAGUCAGACUUUCAUCCGGGAGCCUCAAGCGAGGGCUAGGGAACAAGGUGAGAAUGCCAUGCAAGGGGUGCGUGCUGCUGGCUUAGGUGCUCCUGGGUUGUUAACAUGGCAUGUUUUUUGACAGAACAUGAGAGACGAAGGAAUAAGAGAAAAAAAGAUAAUACUAAAAGUGCACUGAAAAUAAAAAGAACUAAAGUUCCUUAGAUAUAUGAAAACAUGCCUAAAUUUUCAUAUAAUAAAUGAAAUUAUAGUAGAAACAAUCUACCUGAGAUAGCAUUUCUCACCUAUAGUGUGGCAGAAAAAUUAAAAAACUUAAAAAAUUAGCGUGUAGCUUAACACCAUACUCAGACAAGAUGUGCUCCUCUGGCCUGCCCCACAGCUAGACCACAAACCCAAUCAGCCUAGACUGACCGCAUCCAGCUGCUUUCCACAGAUAGUCUGGUCCUUGUCAACUUGUCCCAGGCCAGCAGCAGUGCUUCGGUUUUCCCACCUAAAAACAUAUCCAGUUUUGCUAACCUGUUCCAAGGACUCUCUAGCCUAGUCAAGGACAAGGACAUAAGUGAUUUCACUUACCUGCUCUCUCCAACUCCCUCCCAAGAUUUGCCCACCUUAUAAUCAUCGAUCUGUCCAACUGAAUCUGCCCAGUCUGCCUAAUGACAUAUGACACAGUCUAAAACUGAUUCCCUAUCCGCUUUUGUACUUCCUGCUUGCAAACCCUAUAUAACCAACGCUGGCUUGGGGCUCAUGAUUCAGAGAGCAUCUUCCCACCAGCCCACCGACCUGCCUACGUAAUAAAUGGUUUGCCAUCCAA